AAGCCCCAGCAGGGACGGGGGGGGGGGCGGCAGCGAGGGAAUGAAGCACCUCCCCCUAGCAUUUCCUCUCACGCCCACUUCCAACCUAGGAGGCUUUUGGUUUCUGCUUUUGUUGUUUUUAAAAUUAAAAGUUAAACCCAGGAAGCGAUGGAUCCAACUUUGCAGUUGGCACAUGGAUUAAUUGAUGUACGUUGAGUUUAUGGAGCCACCUUUUUGGGACCUGCUCUUCCUAUCGUUUCUAAGGAAAAAAAGGAGCUCCUGAAUCUAAGAAGAUGCCUCGAACAAAACAGAUUCAUCCCAGAAAUCUAAGAGACAAAAUUGAAGAAGCUCAAAAAGAACUUAAUGGGGCAGAAGUUUCAAAAACAGCAGAAAUCCUAGACGCUGGUGUUAAAGGAGCUUCCGAAUUCCUGAAAGGUGUGAAACGGAAAAAGAUUGUCACUGAGAAUCACCUGAAGAAAAUACCAAAAUCCCCCUUGAGAAAUCCUCUUCAGGCAAAAUAUAAGCAAAACUCAGACGAGUCAUCCUUGGCUGUUCUUCAGAGUGCUUUGGAGUCUCAAAAGAAACAGAACUGUGUUCCUGUAAAAAAUGGGAAGCAGCUAGCCAAACAGAACAGAGACAUACCUGGGAUUGGGUCCGAGGCCUCGAGCCCCAAAGGCUCUGCCUCCCCAAAGAAGCCUUCGUCCCUGCAGCACCCCGCCGAGCUGCGGAGAUGGAGGUCAGAAGGUUCUGACCCUGCCGCACUCAGCAGCCUCCAUGGAAAAUGGGACUCGAGCUCCUCAUCCAGUAAGGCCAGGACUGACACUAGUGAAUGUAUCUCUUCUCACUGUAGUACCACUUCCCCUGCGUACAUAAACACCGCUUUCGAUGUCUUACUGAAAGCAAUGGAGCCAGAACUGAGCACCUUGUCACAGAAGGGCUCAACUAGUGCAAUUAAGACAGAAAAACUGAGACCAAAUAAAACUGUACGAUCCCCUUCUAAAUUAAAAAACAGUUCAAUGGAUGCCCCAAAUAAUCUGACUUCACAGGAAUCUGUUGCUGAAUCGCAGUAUUCUCCUGUUACCUCAUACUCAGUGCGCAUGUCCGCUCCUCAGCAGAAUGAGCAGGCGGCAGUUCAGUCCAUUUCUCACUCAGAUAAUCAGCAUGAACACUUUGUUUCCAAACCAAACCAACACAAUCAGCAGCUUCCAAGGCAUUCAGGUUUCACAGGAUCACUGAUGAACCUGCAAAAUCAGGAGAGCACCAAACUUGAACAGGUUUAUAGUAUAGCGGUGGCGUCAACCAUUGGUCUCACUUCACCUUCCAGUAGAACUCAGGUUACUCCUCCAAACCAGCAAAUGGAUUCCGUUUCACUUAUGUCCAUAAGUCCAGCCAGUUCCACCCAGUCACCUCCCAUGCCAAUUUAUAAUCCAACUCAUGUUGCCUCUGUUGUCAGUCAAAGCGUAGAACAAAUGUGCAAUCUUCUUCUGAAAGAUCAGAAGCCAAAAAAGCAAGGAAAAUAUAUUUGUGAGUAUUGCAAUAGAGCUUGUGCAAAGCCCAGUGUGCUUUUAAAGCAUAUCCGCUCCCAUACUGGAGAACGGCCCUACCCCUGUGUGACCUGCGGAUUUUCAUUUAAGACUAAAAGUAAUCUGUAUAAGCACAAAAAGUCCCACGCACAUACUAUCAAACUGGGUCUUGUCUUGCAGCCAGAUGCUGGUGGUUUGUUCUUGUCCCAAGAGUCUCCCAAAGCACUUAGUAUUCAUUCCGAUGUAGAGGACAGCGGGGAGAGUGAGGAGGAGGGCUCCCCUGACAGCAGACAGAAUGACCCCGGCACCGUGGAGCUGCAGCCUAUGCAAAUAAUGAAGAUACCCAGUUUGGAAGUUUUACCAAAACCAGGUUCCAUUCCAAGCAAUCCAGAUCAUGUGGUAGGUGACUUUUCACCACAGGACAGAUCUUCAGAAUCACAAGCUAUGACGGAGUUGCCGAAAGUUGUGGUCCAUGCUGUCAGUGUGUCCCCCUUAAGAAUCGACUGUCCAAAGGCUGUCAACCCCAAGCCUGAACUCUGCAAUGCGCAGAGACAGGACCUUCAGGUCACCAAUCUACUGUCUCAGUCAGCUCCUCUGGCCUCCCUGGAGACUGAUGAGAAGGCCCGUCAGAAAGGGGACCCGAGUCAACCAGAAGGAAAGCAAGACUCUCAUGGAGGAACAGCUCACGCCCAGCUCCAAAGACAGCAGGCCACCGAUUACUCCCAGGAGCAGCAAGGGAAACUACUUCUGAGCCCUCGGAGUUUAGGAAGUACAGAUUCUGGCUACUUUUCACGUUCUGAAAGUGCGGAUCAGACAGUGAGUCCACCCACACCCUUUGCCAGAGCCUUUGCCACCCCAGAACAAGACUCAGUGAAGAGUAGCAGCCCCUCUGCGCCCCGGGUCAGCACACCAGCACCCUCUGCCCUUCUGGCAGGAGAGAAGCCCUUGCUUUUACCAGGCCAGAUGCGGCCGCCCCUGGCAACUAAAACCCUGGAGGAACGGAUAUCGAAGCUUAUCUCUGACAAUGAAGCCUUGGUGGAUGAUAAGCAGCUAGACAGUGUAAAGCCCCGGAGAACGUCUCUCUCCAGACGAGGAAGUAUUGAUUCCCCCAAAUCAUACAUCUUUAAAGAUUCUUUCCAGUUUGACUUGAAACCAAUGGGACGGAGGACAAGUUCAAGCUCCGACAUACCAAAGUCCCCCUUCACCCCUACUGAGAAGUCAAAGCAAGUGUUUCUCCUGUCUGUACCAUCCCUGGACUGUUUACCUAUCACAAGAAGUAACUCCAUGCCAACAACAGGUUAUUCAGCAGUUCCCGCAAAUAUAAUUCCUCCCUCUCAUCCACUGAGAGGAAGUCAGUCCUUUGAUGACAGAAUUGGCGCUUUCUACGAUGAUGUGUUUGUAUCGGCACCUAAUGCUUCCGUACCUCCAAGUGGACACCCCCGUACUCUGGUCAGGCAGGCAGCAGUGGAAGACUCUUCAGCCACUGAGAGUCACACUGUUGGGCCCAGACAGUCCUUGGAUGAGGGCUUUGCAGGGUGCCACGCCACCAGUGAGCCUACGGCAGCCCAGAACAAAGCCUUGGCCCCAGGCUCCCAUCUGGAAAAGAAGAAGUCCCAUCAAGGCCGGGGGACCAUGUUUGAGUGUGAAACCUGUAGAAAUAGGUACAGGAAGCUGGAAAACUUUGAAAACCACAAGAAAUUUUACUGUUCAGAGUUACAUGGGCCCAAAACAAAGGUCUCAGUGAGAGAACCUGAACACAGCCCUGUGCCUAGCGGAGCACAGCCUCAGAUUUUGCACUACAGAGUCGCUGGGGCCGCAGGUGUUUGGGAACAGACACCCCAGAUAAGGAAAAGGAGGAAGAUGAAAAGUGUUGGGGAUGAUGAAGAACUUCAGCAGAAUGAAAGUCAGUCUUCUCCGAAGAGCUCUGAAGCCCUUCAGUUUCAGAAUGCCCUAAACUCCACUUCCAGCCUAUCUCUGCACGCUGUCACCAUGACAAGUGACCAGCCGCACAGAAACAGGCAGGUGCAGAACGCCCAGAUUCAGCUCAUUGCAAGGGGCCCUGAGCAGACCGUGGAGCCAAAGCUGUCCCCCAUCGUAGAGCAGCAGAUGGGUUCAGCUGUCCUGGACAGGGUGGAGGUGAAGAGACAAGGUACUGGCAUCUCAGUCAUCCAGCACACGAACUCCCUGAGCAGACCCAGUUCCUUUGACAAGCUGGAGCCUUUUGAAGGAGGCUCCCCAGGGUCUUUCCAGGAGCUGAGUCGAAAGCCUGGGUCUCUGCAGGUAAUAGGACUCUCCCCAGAGGAAGGUCACCCUUCUGGGGACGUGCCCCGUCCUCACCAGCCUCCACUGUCAAAUCCUGUCAGGGGAGAGCUCCAGGAAAAUUCCAGAAAGAUCCCAAGUGAGAGGCAUGUGUCAGGACAGCCCUCGAGACUUGUCCGGCAGCACAACAUCCAAGUCCCGGAAAUUCUGGUCACAGAAGAGCCAGAUCGGGACUUGGAAGUUCAGGGCCAGGAUCAAGACAAAUCGGAGAAGUUCAGUUGGCCUCAGCGCAGUGAAACCUUGUCAAAAUUGCCAACAGAGAAACUGCCACCCAAAAAGAAGAGGCUCCGCCUGGCCGAGAUAGAACAUUCCUCCACCGAAUCGAGUUUUGAUUCCACGCUUUCCCGAAGCCUGAGUAGGGAGAGCAGCUUGUCCCACACUUCGAGUUUCUCAGCCUCCUUCGACAUAGAGGACAUUUCUAAACUGGAGGCUUCCCCCAAAAUUGAUUUCCCAAACAAAGCUGAGUUUCUUGUGAUUCCACCUAGCUCCAAUACACUGAAUGUGCCUGGAAGUCAUCGGGAAAUGAGGCGUGCGGCGUCAGAACAGAUCAGUUGCAUGCAGGCAGCAAUGGAGGUCUCAGAAUUCAGAAGUAAAUCCUUUGACUGUGGAAGCAUAACUCCAUCCCAGGUGACACCAUUUGUUGAAUCACAGCCUUCAGCUUCCCCUAUUGGUGCGGGGGUCACUGGACAUGUGCCUCUCUUAGAGAGAAGGAGAGGCCCACUGAUCCGGCAGAUCUCUUUAAACAUAGCUCCAGAGAGUCAUCUGUCUCCUGUGAACCCAUCUUCUUUCCAAAAUAUUGCUCUUCCCAGCACAAAUGCAGGGCCACUUCAGGGUCCUCAACCCCCUAGUACAUCUUUAGCUGAGUUCCCUUUGAAUACUUCACACUCCCUGUCUCAAGUUAAGGAUCUGCGGGCAGAAAUGUCAAAUUCCAGCCCUGCUAAAGUCUUUCCUGUUCAGCAGCUUUUUGGUGUCAAUUUGUCAAAUCAAGCCCAUCCACCCUUCAGCCACCAGAACACCCAGCUGCCUUUGCAAGUGUCCGCACAGAGUGACAAAGCAGAUGCACAUUCCGUGCUCAGUGUGUCUUCUAAAAGUGAGGAUUGCUUCGCUCCCAAGUACCAACUUCAGUGUCAGGUUUUCACCUCCAGUCAAUCUUGCUCUUCUAAUCCAGUAUGUGCUUUGCCGAAUCAAGUUCUCUCAGAUCCAGCUGGAGCGGAUCCAUGCACAACUUCAGUAGCAUUGCCAGCCAAAUUACUAGGUCCUGUGUCUAAUUCAUGUCCUGUACCACCACUGGAGCUUGGGCCGCUGGGCAGCCAGACACAGGUGCCAUCAUCCUUCAUGUUGCCCAUGCACCUGCAGAGUAAUGUUCCCACUUACUGUUUUGCCACCAUCACAUCUCUGCCACGAAUCCUAGUGACCCAAGAUCUGUCCAGCACACCAGUUUGCCAGGCUAAUCGAAGUGUAGUGCCAAUCAGCGAAGAACAGAUUGCUAUGCCAAAAUCACAGAAUGAUCUCCUGAAUGCUUUGCCAAACCCAGAGAAAGAACUUGUUUGUAAAAAUGUUUUUUCAGAGAUAGGCCAAAAUUAUUCUCUCCCAGAGUCUUUGCCUGUGACUCAGAAAAUGUCUGUGGGUAGACUUUCCCCCCAGGAAUCUUCAGCCUCCAGUAAAAGGAUGCUCUCCCCAGCAAACAGUUUAGACAUUGCUAUGGAAAAGCACCAGAAGAGGGCUAAAGAUGAGAAUGGAGCCGUUUGUGCCACAGAUGUGAAACCCAUAGAAUCACUGGCUUCAAGGGCUAAUGAGGUUAAUAAGCAGAAGAAACCAGUUUUAGUGAGGCAGGGUUGUACAACAGACCCCCUAGAAGGUGUGAUAGUGGAACAGGAUGUUUUUUCUCAGCCUGAAACUAUUUGUGAGGCUGUUAAUUUGACAGAUGUUUUACCAGCCAAUAAUUCAUCAGGACACUGUAAGUUUGUAGUUAAAGAGCCUAUCAGUGAAUUGCAAGAAUUUGAGACCAUCAAGUCUUCCACACCAUCAGCUCUUACAGUUCAAAAUUCACCUGUGCUUUUAGAAAACACCCAUGUUUCUCCUUUGAAAUCUGUAGAGAGUAACCAAGAAAGGAAGUCUCCAGGGAUUAAAAACCAAGGUGACAGAGUACACAUUCAAGGACAAAGUCAACUGCUAACCACCACUCUUCCCUUGUGUAACACUGCAGACAUGCAGCAGCUGUCUUUUCCCAGCCUCAAGACUGCUACUAGCUUUACCUGGUGUUAUCUGUUAAGACAGAAGGCAUUGCCUCUGCUUCAGAAUAACCAGAAAAUUUCAGCUUAUACUGAUUGGACAGUAAGCUCCAGUAACCCAAAUCCACUCAAUUUGCCUACAAAAGUUGCUCUCUCCCUCCUUAAUUCGAAACAGAAGACUGGAAAAUCAUUAUAUUGUCAAGCAAUAGCCACCCAUUCGAAAUCAGAUUUAUUGGUCUAUUCAAGCAAAUGGAAAAACAACUUAAGCAAGAGAGCAUUAGGUGUUCAAAAGUCCACAGUAGUUGAAUUCAACAGUAAAGAUGCCUCUGAAAUUAACAGUGAGCAAGAUAAAGAAAAUUCGUUAAUCAAAAGUGAACCAAGAAGAAUUAAAAUAUUUGAUGGAGGGUACAAAUCAAAUGAAGAGUAUGUGUAUGUCCGAGGCAGGGGAAGAGGAAAGUACAUUUGUGAGGAAUGUGGAAUACGCUGUAAGAAACCUAGUAUGUUAAAGAAACACAUACGAACCCACACAGAUGUUCGCCCCUACCACUGCACUUACUGUAACUUCUCUUUUAAGACAAAAGGAAACUUGACAAAACACAUGAAGUCCAAGGCACACAGCAAGAAAUGUGUGGAUUUAGGCGUCUCGGUAGCUUUAAUAGAUGAACAAGAUACAGAAGAGUCAGAUGAAAAACAGAGAUUCAGCUAUGAGCGGUCUGGCUAUGAUCCUGAAGAAUCCGACGGCCCCGAUGAGGAUGAUAAUGAAAACGAAGAGGACGAUGAAGACAGCCAGGCGGAAUCUGUCCUGUCCGCAGCACCCUCAGUCACGGCCAGCCCGCAGCACCUGCCAUCUAGAAGUGGUCUUCAGGAUUCCAUAAGUGCUGAUGAGGACGUCAGGAUUCCCGAUUGCUUCUCUGGGGUGCACAUGGACCCCAUGGACAUUCUGCCGAGAGCGCUGCUCACCAAGAUGACCGUUCUGAGCACCAUGCAGUCCGACCUCAACAGGAAGGCGAGCUCUCCAGCGAAGGCCAGACAGCAUGCAGCAAAGGAUGAAGAUGAGGCAGCUCCUUCUGUAGACUCUUCCAGGUCACCUGAAGGAGCCCCCAGGUCCCCAACCCAUCAGAUGUCUGUGGACGACCCAGAGGCAGGAGCUGUGCAGAGUUCUGUGGCAGGGAAGGCUGUCACAGUAACACAGGGCACACCAUCCGGCCAACUCCCUCCUGCCGCAGCUGCGCCCAGCCCGCAGCCAGUGGCGGGGCCUCUCUCCAUUGCCUGCCCGCGUCCUGAGGCCCAGGAACAGAAGCAGCGAGUAUCCCCACAGCCGCCCGCUGUCCCGCCUUCGCCCCAGACGCACUUGUUCAGCCACCUCCCCUUGCACUCCCAGCAGCAGUCAAGGACGCCUUACAACAUGGUUCCCGUGGGGGGCAUCCAUGUGGUACCCACUGGCCUCGCCUACUCCACCUUUGUGCCCAUCCAGGCCGGGCCAAUGCAGCUCACCAUUCCUGCUGUCAAUGUCAUUCACAGGACCGUGGGCCCCGCUGCAGAGACCGUCCCAGAAGCUCCCAGCACGACAGACCCCACCGGAGUGGCUGAGUUGGGCAGUGUUGUACCGUGUAUUCCCAUUGGCCAAAUACGUGUGCCAGGCCUACAGAACCUUGGCACCCCUGGCUUGCCGUCCCUCCCCUCUCUAAGCAUGGAAACUGUCAACAUCGUAGGCCUGGCCAACGCCAGCGUCACCCCGCAGGUGCAUCCACCAGGCCUGGCGCUCAGUGCCAUGGGGCUGCAGGUUUUGACUGCGAGCCCUUCCUCUCAGAGCAGCCCCACCCCUCAGGCGCACAUUCCGGGUCUCCAGAUCUUGAACAUAGCAUUGCCGACCUUGAUUCCCUCUGUCAGCCAGGUCGCCUCCGAUGCCCAAGGAGCUCCACAAAUACCAGCUUCCCAGAGCAGCGCGUGUGACACGCAGCCCAAGCAGACUUCUGUAGCCAAUGCCAGCCAGGUCAGCAGGACCCAGUCUCCUCAGGGGUCACCUAAAGUCCAGCGGGAAAGUGCAAAAAAUGUCCUGGGUCCCCAUGCCCCUGCAGGUGACCGUGCAAGGUGUGAUGGCGCCGGCAGAGUGGACACAGAGCGGGCGGCCUCCACAGACCCUGUGAAGCCCCAGCCUGAGCUCCCGUGCACCCAGGGGCAGGCGGCCAGCGCAGCAGAGCCUCUGAGGCCAUCAGAGCCGCAGAUUCCCUGCUCCGCCAGGCAGGGGCCCCGGCCGCCCGCGCCGCCCCCCCGGCAGCCCGCAGUGCAGUUCAGCGAUGUGAGCAGCGAUGACGACGAGGACCGCCUGGUGAUCGCAACCUAGUGGUUUCUUUCUUAUUCUUUUAAUAACACUUAAAGGUUGUUUUGAAAACCCUUCUUUCCUUAAAGCACAUUUUUCUGGCAUAAACUCAUGACUAAUCUUUGUGCAAUCAUGAACUUUUGACCAAUAAUUGUUGUUUUGUGUCAGCUCCAGCCAUUUUUGUACAUGGUGUAUAGAGAAUUGUGCCUUUUAGGAGUUUUAUGUUCAGAAACUGUACAGAUUGUUGAAUACAUACAUGAAAAUAUGUUACAUAUGUAUAUGAAAUCCAGGUAGUUACUUGUGUUUAGUAAGAAGAACUCGUCAGAUGAAUCAAAUGAUUAAAUUAUAUGUUGCACUGUUAAAUAUAAAUUUUUAUGGCUGUGGGACAGAGUUUCUGUGUAUAAAUUAGUAUGUAGACUCCAUAUUUAUUGUAUUCAUAUUAGUCUUUGAAAAUGGAUCUGUCCGCCUCCUUGUGUAAGACAGUAACUUCACACUUCAGACAGAUUUUCUGUUAGGAAAUGUUUCAAUAAAAUACUGUUUACUGACUUUA